AUGUGAACGUGUUUAAUCAUACAUUACACAAUAUUUCGUACUAGCAAAAAUGUAUUAAUUGUUUAUAUUACAUGUUUUCGAAUGUCAUGUGCCGGUCGUGAGUUAGGGGGAUCAGGUUUCUAAGGCGUUUCAAGGGGACCAGAUGGAGAAAAAAAAAACCACCUUACGAAACUCGUCUCGUGAGAAUUUGGGGUACGCACUCGCGUUGUGUCCGUCCUUUAUUCGCAAAAUAAUCGUUUAAGCAGCCCGCCUAGUGUACUUCAGUCGGUUACCACGUGCUUUCAGGUGAAGGAGUCUCUUAAUCGCGUUCGUGAGUGUAGUGUCGUGUUAAUUAAUAAAUUGCAUCGUUAUCGUUUCUCCGCGGAUCACGUUCGGUCGCGUUCAACGUCCGAUGAAUAAUAUGUCGUCCACUCUAAAAUAUUUCAAGAAGGUCCCGAUUUACAUUGUAGAACCCCAUGACGAGGUGCUACCGUUCAUUUAUCGAUGCUUAGGAUCGAAGCAUCUUCCGUUCGAGGGAAACACGUUCGUGCACCUAGACUCUCAUCCCGAUAUGCUUAUACCGAAAACAAUGACGGCGGACACAGUGUUGGACAAAAAUCUGUUGUUUAGUGAAAUUAGUAUCGAGAACUGGAUGUUACCCGCUGCGUACGCUGGCCACUUGAAGCACCUGAUCUGGGUCAAACCACCGUGGGCUAAUCAGAUGGUCGACUCCGUGACAACCUUCCUCAUCGGCAAGCAUAAGGACAACGGAUUAAUAAGGCUCACGUGUCCCGAGCCCUAUUUCGUCAGCGAGGGUCUGUACGCCACGCCGGAGGAAUUGGAGAACACGCGCGAGGUUACCCUACACGUGAUGACCAUCGGCGGCUUCAUCGAGGACCCGAUGAAGAAAGACGACUUCACUGCCGUCAGCUCGGCUUUGCGACAAUAUCUACCCGAGCGUAACACGCCAUACAUUCUGGACGUCGAUUUGGAUUUCUUCAGUACCAAGAAUCCGUUCAAGACCCUGUACGACCGCGUGAAUCUUUACGACAAGCUUGCGCCCCUCUACGCCUAUAAUCGUCCAGACUCAACUGAUCCCGAGAUUCUGAAAGAGGCGACCGUCGUGAGGAACGAGCAGCUCAACGAGUUGGAAAAGCUAUUCGGCUACUUAGACGAACACCGGAGCCUGCAGGGUUACGAGGGCGCGAGAUCAGCGCGAUAUGAGGCAGUAGAAUUGAUCUAUCUAGAGCUGAUCGGCACUUACAAGCAGUCGGAGAUCGAUUGGAAAAUAAUACAUGAUGCCGGAUGUACCAGGGAUGAUACUGAUUUACCGCAUCACAUCACUACGCCUAAUGAUCUUGAUCGAUUGAUCACCGGCACGUUCCGAUCAUUCCUAGCCGCGUUACCCGCUCCUCCAACAAUUGUAACAAUCGCAAGAUCGAGCGAGGAUGAAUAUUGUCCGUCGGAAGUCGUCGAUCAAAUUCAAAUCGGAGUCCUAGAUGAACUUCGACAACGUUUGGAAGAGGUCGACGUCCGUUUGGCCUAUCAGGAAGAGGAAACUCAUUAAGCUCGUUUUUUAAAAUAUGUAUGCGUCCCUACUCAAUUCCAAUGCUCAUUUGAAUAAAGUAAACGUUUUUAUGAAA